AUGCAAAGCGGGGGGAAAUCAGAAAACCUCCAUUUGAACGAGCAAGCUAACGGAUAUUCGUCUCGCCUUGAAGUUUCGAGCUCGCCGUCUUUCGAUUCCUCUGCUCAUAUCUCAUCGUCGAGGUUCGUCUCCGCUCUUUCUCUCUUUCUGUUACAUCCUUCGAAUUCUUGUUUCGUUUACCUUGAAAUGGCUCGUACCAAGCAAACUGCUCGUAAGUCCACUGGUGGAAAGGCUCCAAGGAAGCAACUUGCUACCAAGGCUGCUCGUAAGUCUGCACCAACCACUGGAGGUGUGAAGAAGCCUCACAGAUACAGACCUGGAACUGUUGCUCUUCGUGAAAUCCGCAAGUACCAGAAGAGUACUGAGCUGCUCAUCAGGAAGCUCCCAUUCCAGAGGCUGGUUCGUGAGAUUGCUCAGGAUUUCAAGACUGACUUGCGUUUCCAGAGCCAUGCUGUGUUGGCGCUGCAAGAGGCAGCUGAAGCUUACUUGGUUGGAUUGUUCGAGGACACCAAUCUCUGUGCCAUUCAUGCAAAGCGUGUGACAAUCAUGCCCAAGGACAUUCAGCUGGCUAGGAGGAUUCGUGGGGAGAGGGCUUAGAGAAGGAUGGAUUCUGAUUUGGGUUGUUGGAUUUUGCUGCCUCCUCUCGAGGCCUUUGGAUUCUGUGGAGGAAAUAUGGUGUUUGAUGUUAGGCUGGAUUGUUAGUUUCCCAUCUGUUUCAUUUGAAGAAUUCCUGUCUAUAUUCCGGUUAUUAGUAGAAAGAAGAUACAUUUGAGACUGUUUCGGUUUCUCCAUCACUGUUUCGACGGUGUUAUGAUCUGAAUGUAUUUGAUGUUUUUGUUUUCUGCACUCUGUUCGUUAUGUUGGUUUUGGCCUUUGGGUAGUUUCCAAUGAAGCCUGAUUCAUAGCCUAUCUGUUUUUAUUUAACUCACAAAAACCAAGCAAUGCAGCAUCGAUGUCAUAACGUUUUGGAAGAGAAUGGGA